AUGAAGGUGGAAACGGAGAAACCGGUUGGGAGGGAGGAGAGAAAUGGGCGAAGUGGAUGGAUCCGCGGGAAUCGCCGAAGAGGAGAUUGGCGUGGGGGGAAACAAAGGAGGCAAUGGUGGAAACGGGGAAAGGGAGGGACUGGAAGAGAAGGAGCUGCUCGGUACGAAGGCUCCAGGCCUCUAGAAGGCAGCGAGAGAAGGAGAUACGACGAGAUGAUUGGCCGUGUCCAGGCAGAGAAGAACGUCGUCGAGGAGGACUGCCGAGAAAAGGGGAAACGGGGAACCGGAGAGAUCGUGGACCAAUGAAUUGGACUGCAGAUCGAUGAGCUGGAAGUGAAGGAAGAGAUAAUGGGAAAAACAUAAAGAUGACAAUUCUUCGUAGCGAGGCAGGCGAAGCCAGCACAAUAAAACGCGGAUUCACAAGGCGUGUCUGCCAUAAAUAGGCUCGAAAAUUGGAGAGAUAUGGUGGAGGAUAAGAGAGGGAAGGACUAGGGAAAGAGGAGGAAGGGAGAAUGUACGAUGAUGCUUCCAUGCUCAUCGAUGAGGUAUAUAGAACUAUUCAGUUCGAAACAACAGAUAACGUGAUCCACGUUUAA